UAGUACAUGUUAUAUUUAUAAAUUACAUCCCAUUACACUAUCUCACUCUAUUGUACUACCCCGCUACAUUCGCCUCUGCUUGUUCUUCCACCUUCCAUUGCUCUCUGUUAUAGUGUGGACUCCAAAGUCUCCUAUUUGUCUGCACUGAGAUUUAAAAAGAUCAUAUUUAGUGAAAUCCAGCUUGCCUGCUCCUACGUGCAUUUUGAAUGAGGCUAGUAGUGAUAUUUGCGUAUAACAGAAGCACCUCCUCCCUCCCAUUGGACAAUGUGUACGUGAGGGCGUGGCAAGGAAAGAUGAGAGUUGCAAAUCCAUGCCCUUACUGGGAAGACAUGGAGCGCUAUGGACACAGUCUACACGAAUCUGAUAGGAAUCUCAACUAAAGGCAUCACUAUUUCUCCAGUUUGGAAGCAAACGAUUUGAGAGACCGAGAGCAAAGAAAGGGUGGCCCGACUGAGGAUGGAGUGUGCAUUUGAAGCACAGAAUCUGAUCUCCAUUUCUUUGAGGAAAAUCCAAAGCUCCAGGACGCAGAGAGGAGGCAUCAAGCUCCACAAGAACUUACUGGUAACGUACGUACUGAGAAACGCCAGGCAGUUCUACAUGAGCAAAAACUUGUCGCAGAUGCAGAGGACGAAUCCGUACGAGGAUGUAACUGUAGUCCGAGAAAGGCAAGAAUACCUCGAAUGGACGGGGAGCUUCACGGAGUUGGCUGAUGACUUCUACUGCAACUUUACUGGGGUUGAGUCGGACACUUGGCACUGCGGAGCGCACCAGCCCAACGGUCAGCCUGCAGAGGUGGCGCACCAAGGCGCAUCUGCCUGCGCAAUGGAUUCACCGAGUGACUCUGACCUCAUGGUUUCGGACGCCUGUUGGAGCUGUGCGGACAAAUCCUCCUGGGAGUUAUCUAUCCCGAACACGCAAGCCAACCAAAAGACUGUCCUGGACUUGGACACCCAUGUGGUGACUACUGUCACGAACGGAUACUUCCACACAGACUGUUGCGCGCAGCCCAAACAGCCGCAGGGCGCGCAGUGCUACACAAAAAAGCGAAAGAUUGACAUAAGUUAUCAUAUCGUUGAUCCAGAGUUUUAUUUGCCAGACUUUGCGCCAGUGCCGUGUAAAAGAAUGAGGAGUGAUGAUGAUUCACAUUCAGACUCUGACCAGUUGGACAGCACAAACAUCUCCAACCUGAUCUCGGUGCUGGGCUCAGGUGGGCUAUCUGAGUUUGUGAGUUGGCAGCAAACGGACCUUGAGCAAAUAUUCGCCACUCAAACAAUUUGUUUAAAACACACGCUGUUAACAGGCAGCGGCUGGACCAGAGCAAUCGAAGCAUUUUGAUAUGUAUGACUGUGUGUUUUUUAAUUUCUUUGUAUCGUUUUAUUUUGCUGCUUUUAAAUAAAUCAUGACACGACUGCAGUUCUCUCUUGGACUUUUUAUACAAAAACAGUGCUGAAAUUAUACAGAAUGGUCAUAUGCAUUUCCAUUACUUUUUGCACAUUUACAUUUCCUGUGCUAGUGCGAAUAAUUUCUACACAGCAUGACUAAACUGUAACCUUUAUUUAAAUAUUAUUUUGUGGUGGUGAUUUUUUUAAUUAUUAUUAUUAUUUUCUGCGGGAAAACCGGAGUCAUUGGUUUGUAUUUCCUGGAGAAAUAAGUGAAUGCUGUUUUCUCCUUGGAAAGAUGUUGGACGACUACCACCAUGUGGCCAGAGAAGAUUUGUGCAGCUUCGUGCAACAGUUCAACGAGAAUUCUUAUUCUUAUUCUUAUUAUGUAAAUAUAUAUUUAUAUCAGGGCCUGCUUUGAUUAAUCAA